AUGGCAAAUUUUAGUUCAAGUUAUGUGAAGGAUCUUCUUUUUGUUGUUCUUUUAUUAUCACAUAUUGCAUUCCAAGUUGCAACAUGUGGCUCCCUGGUCAAGUUUCUUCCUGGAUUCAAUGGACCUCUUCCUUUUCUGCUUGAAACUGGGUAUGUGGGAGUUGGUGAAAAAGAGGAUGUGCAAGUGUUUUAUUAUUUCUUUGAAUCAGAAUAUAAUCCAAAGGAAGAUCCUCUCAUGCUUUGGCUCAAUGGUGGACCUGGUUGCUCUGCUUUGUCUGCCAUUCUCUUUGAAAUUGGCCCACUUCAAUUUAAAAAGGAGGAAUACAAUGGGAGCCUGCCUAAUCUCAUCUUGAGGCCACACUCAUGGACAAAGGUGAGUAGCAUUAUAUUUGUAGAUUUGCCUGUUUCCACAGGCUUCACUUAUGCCACAACAGAUUCAGGAUCUCAAAGGAGCGACUCGAUACAAGUUCGUCAAGCUCACCAAUUUUUUAGAAAGUGGCUGAAUGAUCAUCCAAAAUUUCAAUCAAACGAAGUUUACAUUGGUGGUGAUUCAUACUCGGGCGCUACUGUUCCGAUAGUUGCUCAAGAAAUUUCACAAGAAAAUGAAAAAGGGGUUCAACCGUUGAUAAAUCUCCAGGGAUACAUUUUGGGAAAUGCUGUAGCAACUAGAAAGGAACGAAACUAUAAAAUCCCUUUUGCUCAUGGAAUGGGACUCAUAUCUGAUGAAUUAUACGAGUCACUGCAAAUAAAUUGUAAUGGAGAUUAUAUAAAUGCAGAGACCAAAAAUGCUUUAUGUUCCAAAGAUCUCAGUUCAUUCGACAAGGCUAUAUCAGAAAUUAAUCAAGGCCAUAUUUUAGAACCGUCAUGUGUAUGGCUUUAUACUGAGAAUUCUCCAAGGAGAUCUCUAAUUGAGAAAUAUCACUCCAAAGUUUCGCCCUUAAAAUGCCGAAAUUAUCCAUAUUUACUUUCCAUGUAUUGGGCCAAUGAUGAUAAUGUCCGCAAAACACUGAACAUACAUAAGGGAAGUAUUGGGAAAUGGCAUCGUUGUUCCUAUGAUAUACCGUAUAACAUGGAUAUUCCUAACAUCUAUGAUUAUCAUGUAAAUCUCAGUAGAAAAGGAUAUCGUUCAUUAAUUUACAGUGGUGAUCAUGACAUGGUAAUUCCAUUUUUGGAGACAAAAGCAUGGAUAAAAUCUUUAAAUUAUUCUAUUGUUGAUGAUUGGAGACCGUGGCAUACAAACGAGCAAGUUGCAGGAUACACAAGGACUUACUCGAAUCAGAUGACAUUUGCAACUGUGAAGGGUGGAGGACACACAGCACCCGAGUACCUUCCUGAAGAAUGUUUCACCAUGUUCAGUAGGUGGAUAUCUAAGAGGGCGUUGUAG